AGUAUGAAGAUUCAAAAGGUAGUCCGGCGUUGCGCGUCUUUCCAAUCUCCCACUCCGUUCAACAGUCCGCUGCGUUCGUUUGACUGGUGAGGGUGUGCCGUGUGCCAGAGUAUCGAUACCAACGUGUUCGCAAGAAAUUAAAUACAAUAAAACUCCACACGGGUUGCAUCCGUUUAAAUACUCUGCGCGCUAUGGUGCGAUAACGCGUUAUCAGCGCAAGUGAUAACAGUGCUCCAGUGGCAUGAUUCGUCGGGAUUAUUAGCGAAAGAGACGAGACGACACAAUCAUCGCGCCGCACACACAGUCAAGAAAUGCAGCUUAGAGUAUUGCGAUGGACGAUGCCAACCACGUGUCACAUCGCGUUUUGCGUCCUUCUACACGUGGUCAACGCUCAGGUGACGCCUGAUCCUUUCCCCAAUACACCAAAUCGUCCGCCGCCAUUUAGCACCGUGCGUCCUAUAAAUAAUCAGCGGGAUUUUGAUCCGUCCUACAAUACCAAUAAUGAUCCCUUCGGUAAUCGAGGAGUUGGUGGUGGGCGGAAUGACCUCUUCGAUCGGGAUAGAGAUAGAGACUUCAACCGCGACCAAGAUAGGGAUAGAGAUAGAGAUCGGGAUCGUGAUUUUGGACUAGAUGAUCGAUAUGGAUACAACCGUCCGUUUGACCAGGAUAACCGUAAUGAGUAUGGAUACUCGUCCAUCAUCAGGGAAGCGAGUUAUUUCGUGGUUGCAUCUCGAAUGGUACGUCCUGGACAAUUAUACCGGGUUGCUGUGACAAUUCUCAAAGAAAAAGCGCCGUUGACGGUUAGAGCUUCUAUCCAACGCAAUGGGGUUGAAAUGUCUGCUGAUCACAAGGAUGUUAAAGUCGGCAUACCGGAAACACUCCUCAUGAGGGUGCCCACAACGUCAGCUCCCGGUGAAUACAAACUUCGGGUUGAAGGUCUCUACGAAAAUAUCUUCGGCGGUUCUGCGUUUAGCAAUGAAACCAAGUUGCUUUUCUCACAGCGCUCGAUGACCAUCUUCAUUCAAACAGAUAAACCUGUUUACAUGCAGGGUCAAACAGUGAGAUUCCGAACAGUUCCCAUCAAUACUGAGUUGAAGGCGUUUGAUAGCGCUAUUGAUGUUUAUAUGUUGGACCCAAAUGGACAUAUAAUGAAACGUUGGCUUUCAAGACAAACCAAUUUGGGUACUGUUAGUUUAGAUUAUCAACUGUCUGAUCAACCUGUGUUUGGUGAAUGGGUGAUUAAGGUAGUCGCACAGGGACAGGAAGAGUUGUCUAAGUUUUUGGUGGAGGAAUAUUAUCAGACGCGUUUUGAAGUUAAUGUUACCAUGCCGGCGUUCUUUUUCAACGAUGAGGAGUUUAUUCAUGGGACUAUCAUGGCGAAUUAUACAAGUGGCGCACCGGUGCGUGGAAAUCUUACGCUUAAGGCGUCCAUCCGUCCGAUUAACUUACAGCGAAGGAUUGAGGAAGUUCAGAGGAAGUUGCAUCGUCCCCGACCUGAUGAUCUCUUUGGUAAUAGGAUUUAUAAUGAGUAUGAUCAGCGGAAUGAUUAUAACCGACCGAGUGUGGAGAAAUAUUUUAGUUUUGAUGAAGAAUAUCCGUUUUGGUAUAAUCUAGCUGAUCACUAUUAUCAGAGUGUUCCCACUUUACAAUUUUUCUACGGCGUUUACAACUUUAAAUACCCUAUCAGGGAUCUUUUGCAUCACGUGCCGAGUCUGGAGGGCACAGAAAUUGUGAUUACCGCCACAGUUGGUGAUCGCUUCCUGGAUGAAGUCAUCGAAGGACAUUCGAUUGCUCGUGUAUUUAAUUCAUCAAUUAAAUUGCGGUUCUUGGGUGAUUCUCCGCAAGUGUUUAAGCAGGGCAUGCCUAUUACAACUUAUAUUUCCGCGUCUUUCCAUGAUGGUUCGCCGCUACAUAAGAAACGCCUCCUGGACAGUCUCAUGGAAGUGCGCACUACUGUAACAAUACGUGGUGGCGCUCGCCGUGAAUUACCCAUUCGGGCUUUGAAAAUGUCCGAAGACGAAGGCAUUUGGCGUUAUGACAUCGACUUGAAAUACGAUUUAGAUGUUGAGGACGCUCGUAGUUAUGAACAACUGAAUGAUGUGAGCGAAUUACGCAUCAUGGCUUACUUCAAGGACUCUCUGGGUGGACGAGCAGAGACAGAUUUGUUGUUGUAUUCCCAUUACAGCCCAGAGAACAAACAUCUUAAGGUUUAUACUAGCACCAUGACACCAAAGGUUGGCGAAUAUAUAAUCUUGCACGUACGCAGUAACUAUUACAUCGAACGGUUUAAUUAUCUCAUCAUGGCGAAAGGAAUUGUUCUAUUGACGGGCGAUGAAGUGAUGGAAGAUUCUGUAGCGACUAUGGCGAUUACUCUCAGUGCGGAAAUGGCACCAGUGGCUUCUGUUGUCGUGUGGCAUGUCGGGAAAUACGGGGAUGUAACGGCUGAUAGUCUGACUUUCCCUGUAAACGGCAUUAGUCGCAAUAAGUUUACCGUUUUUGUUAAUAAUCGUAAAGCGCGUACUGGUCAUAAAGUUGAAGUUGCAAUUUAUGGCGAACCUGGCUCCAGUGUUUCUUUGUCUGGUAUUGACAAGGCUUUCUACAGCAUGCAGGCCGGUAAUGAGCUCACUUAUGCAAAGGUAAUUAAAAAGAUGGCGUCGUUUGAUGAGAACACCAACGGCACUCUGGAGCAGACCUGGGUGUCACAUGAGGGAAAUCCUGAUGAAUUAGUCUACUUCCCUUCGUCUACGUUUGGAAUCGACGCAAAUCGUACGUUUGAAUUUGCUGGACUCGUCGUAUUUUCUGAUAUUGAAGUACCACGACUUCAUAGCUACUGUAACGCCUCUCUUGGCAUGAUGGAAUGUCUCAGUGGGAAGUGUUACCCUGCUAGUCGAAAAUGUGACAGAUUAAUUGACUGUGAUGAUGGUACUGAUGAAGCUGGUUGUGAGUAUGAAGACGAAAGUGGUUUGGCUUUCUUCCGAAAGUACAGAUUCAACCGCAUUCAACGUCAGUAUGAAAACGUUUGGUUGUGGCAUGAUUGUAAUAUUGGUCCACAUGGCCGUUUCAUAUUUAAUGUUGACGUUCCUCCUCGUCCCGCCCACUGGAUGGUAUCUGCGUUUAGUAUGAGUCCAUCAUUAGGUUUUGGUAUGAUUAACAAACCGUUGGAAUAUCUGGGAGUAUUACCAUUCUUCAUUAACGUUGAGAUGCCAACAACUUGUAUGCAGGGUGAGCAGGUCGGUGUGCGAGUAAGCGUUUUUAAUUACAUGACCAACGCUAUUGAAGCCACCGUGGUGUUAAACGGGUCCCCGGAUUAUAAGUUUGUACAUGUAGAAGAAAAUGGUGUAGUGGUUGCUUAUAAUCCACGAACAUCAUUCGGUGAACACCAGUUCUUCAUUUACAUUAAAGCACAGGACGUUUCCGUUGUUUAUCUUCCAAUAGUACCAACACGACUUGGCGACAUUGAUGUCACGGUACAUGCAACUUCGUUGAUCGGGAAGGAUCAGAUUACUCGCCGGAUUCAUGUCGAGGCUGAUGGAAUUCCUCAGCAUCGUCACCAGAGUAUGUUGUUGGAUUUGUCCAACCGUGCGUACGUCUUCCAGUACAUGCACGUCAAUGUCACGGAGAUCCCAAUCAUUCCGUACGAAUACGAUCGCUACUAUGUCUACGGCUCGAACAAAGCUGUGUUAUCUGUAGUGGGUGACGUGGUUGGGCCCAUUUUCCCUACAAUGCCCAUGAACGCAACGUCUUUGUUGCAUCUUCCAAUGGAAUCCGCCGAACAGAAUAUAUUUGGCUUUGCGGCUAACAUGUACACCACUCUGUACAUGCGUUACACUAUUCAACGUAAUCGUACUCUGGAACGCGGUUCAUUCUAUCAUAUGAACAUUGGUUAUCAAAGGCAGUUGUCUUUCAUGCAACCAGAUGGAAGUUUCUCGCUUUUCCGUACCGAUUGGAAUCAAUCUGAAUCGUCUGUGUGGUUGACUUCAUACUGCGCAAGAGUUCUGCAGGAAGCUAGUUUCUACGAGUGGGAAAACUACAUUUAUAUUGAUCCUCAGGUUAUUUCAAAGGCAGUUAACUGGGUGUUACAGCAUCAAACAGAAGAGGGUGCUUUCUAUGAGACAACAUGGAUGCCCGACCGGAAGUACAACAAUUCCAUUAAUUAUUCAGAACGGGACCCGAUCAGACAACGUAAUAUUACGCUAACUGCUCAUGUUUUGAUUAUGUUGGAGAGUGUGAAAGAUCUGCAAGGUGGUUUGAGCGCCAAGGUGGCAAUUGCCCAAUCGCGAGCGAUAAACUGGUUGGAGAAGAACAUGAAAUUGAUUGAGUCACAUGGUUUACCGUUUGAUAUCGCUAUCGUGGCAUACGCGUUGAUGAAGAGUAAAGCGCGCAAUGCUGAAGCUGCGUUUAAUUUGCUUGCGAAACAUGCUAGAUUGGAGGGUGGCUUGAUGUACUGGUCACGUGAACACCUUCCACAACCGCCUUAUAAAAUUGAAAAUCAGAAACCUUUCCUCCUUCCGCGACUCCCCUACAAGUAUGAUGCAGAAAAUGUUGAAGCAACAGCGUAUGGUUUGAUGGUCUAUGUCGCCAGGCAGGAGAUCUUUGUAGAUAACAUUGUACGAUGGUUAAAUACUCAACGUUUGACCGAUGGUGGAUGGGCAUCUACUAUUGAUACAGCGCAUGCGAUGAAGGCUUUAAUUGAAUAUACUUCCGCCCAGAGGAUUCGAGACAUUUCUAGUUUGUCUGUUAUUGUCGAAGCGACUGCCCUGCCUGGAAAGACGCAAGUUAUGCAUGUGAAUCAAAAGAAUCGCGCACAACUUCAAAGCAUUCAUAUCCCGGAUGCUUGGGGAACUGUUAAGGUCCAAGCGAAGGGUACCGGUUAUGCAAUUUUGCAAAUGUCCGUACAGUAUAAUGUGGAUAUCGCAAGAUUCCAAACACCACCGCCGCAAAGGGCAUUUGAUCUUUGGACAAGGGCGGACUUCUACGGCAGAAAUCACUCACAUAUUGCGUAUGUGAGUUGUCAGCGAUGGAUGAACUUCAACGAAUCGGAGCGGUCUGGUAUGGCCGUCUUAGAUAUUACUAUUCCCACUGGGUAUAUCAUUCAGCAACAGAAGUUGGAUGACUAUAUUCUCAGCAGGAAAGUCAGAAAUCUGCAAAGGGCCAAGUUCUUAGAACGUAAAGUACUCUUCUACUUUGACUACUUGGAUGAACAUGAAACCUGCAUAAAUCUCACAGUCGAGCGCUGGUACCCAGUGGCGAAUAUGUCCCGUUUCCUGCCAAUCAAAGUCUACGAUUACUACGCACCCGAACGCUUCAACGAAACUAUCUUCGACGCAUUCACCACGUAUCUGCUGAAUAUCUGCGAGGUGUGUGGCAGCUCACAGUGCCCGUACUGUUACAUUUAUAAUGCAGCGAUGGUGAUCAAUCCCUUGCCUACCCUGAUGCUGCUUCUUUCUUCCGCGGCGGUCGUCGUCGCACGCUACGCGUGGACGAACCAGCUAACGACUCUGACUUAACUUCCACGUGCACUUUAGUUACAACGCAACCAUUUAAGACAAUUUAAUAACUUAAGCUACGAAUGCAGCUUGAAACAAAGAUAUGACUAGGUACGAAAUCUCGAACAAAUGCGAUAAGUCACUGGCGACUUACGAACAAAAUCCUUAGCACAUCAAUUUUAGUACAAAACUUUAUUUUUAACUAACGAACGUAGUGCCUACACGAAUAUCAUUUGUGAUUUGAAGGCUUUGCUAAGGAUUUUGUCGUUUAAUGCGUGCGAGUGGUAGGUGCUUACAGCAAGAUAUGAAUGUGUACGUCAUUUUGUGUUCAUUUUGUUGUUAGACACUGAAUCUGAAGUGUGAACAAUUGAAAUUCUGUGUAGUCUAAAAACCGUCCAUUUUUGUCGACCCAGUCGGCAAAAUUAAGUUAAGAAACGAAUCUCUAUGGGCCUAAAGCACAAAUUGUGUAAGCAAUGGCCUUAUUUAAGCAGGUCCUAAUUCACACACUCAAACUUGAACAGCAGGACAGCAAUACGACGGUAGUUAUUUAAAUGAAGACGAUGUAAAUGUGUAAUAACUAUUUUGUAAAUAUGUCACAUUUGUUGUUUCGGUUUAUACCUGUUCAAUGAAAACGAAAUGCGAUUACCUUACAUCAGAAUGCGUAGGUCGUUCUUAGAUAACUUCUUUUCAUAUUUUUUUGUAUUAAUUUUUUAUAUGUUUACAAAUUUAUAUAUUAUGAAAUGAGAAAAAAAACCUUUGUAUAAAAUAUAAAAAAUAAUAAUAUUACGACUUCUAUGGUUUCAAGGAUCAUAGAAAUAUUUGCUAUACUUAUUGAUGAAUAAUAAAAUGUAAAAAUUUGCUGAAAGAUAUUGGUACGAAUUCAAAACGUGUUGUUUAAUAAUAUAUUUUCUUUUUGUAGAACAUUAAAAUUGAAUUUGAUUUGAAAA